UCGUCUUUCACACUCCUACCACAAUCAAGCCUUCAAACCGUGUUGGCGUAUGUCCGAGAAAGGCCAACGGUUCGGCCAUCAAAGGUGACGUCACAAAAAGCUGUUCCUCGCACUGGUGGCUGUCACGCCGUCUGCUGCUGGUCGUACAACGAGCAUGGCCCGGCACGGCUACAAGAGAGAGUGGACUCUGGUAGCGGGAAUCGAACUUGUGGCACUGACCUGUGGCUUCUUCAUGACUUUAGCCAGCGGCCAGUCUGCAGGACCUCAGGUCGUGACCCAGUAUGGGCGGAUACUCGGCAUCUACGCUGACCAGGCCGCCAUUUUCUACGGUGUGCCGUACGCCGCUGACCCCGUGGGAAAUCUCAGGUGGCAGGCCCCUCAGGAGGUGACGCCCUGGGGGAGUGAGGUGCUGAAUGCCACGUCACCACGUCCAGCCUGUCCCCAGUACGAUUGCCAGCGUCUGAGUCCUCCUCUCGUCUGCCCAAAAGAGACUUCGGAGGCAUGCCUACAUCUCGACAUAUAUACACCGCGGGCAGCCACGCUCAAUACUUCCUAUCCAGUGAUGGUCUACAUCCACGGGGGCAACUUCGUCCACAUGGCGUCCUCAUCGCCGCUGUUUGACGGCCGCCGUCUGGUCACCCGUGACGUCAUCUACGUCGCCAUCAACUACCGUCUAGGUGCCCUGGGGUUCCUAGUAACGGGGGAGACGAGCUCUGAUGCGCAGGGCAACUACGGGAUCUUGGACCAGCAGAUGGCGCUGCGCUGGGUGCAGAAGAACAUCGGAUCAUUCGGCGGUGACCCAAACCAAGUGACUCUCUUUGGACAAAGCGCAGGUGCGCAGUCCUCCCUCCUUCACCUGACCCUCCCCAGCAGUGCUCCUCUCUUUCAGCGCAUCAUCAUUGAGAGCUCCCCGUUGGCCAUACCUUACAAGCGAUUCCCCGAAGCCAUCUUGCUAGGCGCCUUGUUCGCAGAACUCGUGGGCUGUGCACCACGUGACGUCCCUUGCCUCCGCUCCAAGUCCACCCAGGACAUUGUGUACGCCCAGUACCUGGCCCGCAGCAAGGUCAGCUCGCUGAAGCUCCUGGAACUGUUCGAGCCCUGGGGGCCUUUCGUGGACGGCCAGCUGAUUGAAGCAGAGCCCUUGCCGAUGAUCCAAGCGGGUCGCUUCAGCAGCAAGGAAAUAAUGAUAGGCACCACUUCGGAGGAGACGGUGCUGUACAUCUACAGCGCCUGGAACGCCUCUGUCGGUGAUGUCGAGUACGGCGAGGUCGUGCUUGCCACCUACCCAGAUCACGCCGUCAAGAUCAUGUACAUGUACCCGCCGGCGUAUCCCCGGGAUGAGCGGGACACCAUGGUGAAGCUUAGCACCGACCUCGUUUUCGCCUGCAGUACCCGCAACGCUACACGGAACAUCCUGAAGAAGAUGGACAGCACGUACCUAUACGUCUGGGACCACGCGUUUUCGUUUCCUGGCUGGGGCCCGAUAUUUUUUUGCGAGGGCAGGGUGUGUCACGGCUCAGAGAUCGUCUACUUGUUUCAGACCCAGUGGCAAGGUAACUUCACCUUUACUGCCAACGAACAGGUUUUGAGCGAGCAGCUUCAGAUUUACUGGACCAAUUUUGCUAAGUCUGGAAAUCCCAAUCAGCCGACAGUUCAGCAGCUACAGUGGCCUAAAUACAGCAAGGAUGAAGACUGGCCCAAUCUGUGGUUCAAAACUCCAUCAAGUGCUGUAGACACUGACUAUCAUGGACCGUUCUGUGAUUUUUGGGACAACGUCGGGUACGCUGCGUAACAAGGGGAAUUGAUAGGGGUGGGGUGGUGAAGGGUACGAGUUUAGUUCUGGAGCAGUCUGUAAUGAUUGUUCAUGAAUGUUAAAAGCGGAGCAGUAAAGCCUACCCGACAAUGAUUUAAAAUGUAAGGUAAACUUUACAAAAAUUAAUGAAAAUUAAUGAUGUGUUGAAAUCUUUUGGUGUGAUUCCAAUAUGUAACAAAUGCAUUAGUGCUGUUUAAUAAAGGAAAUGAAAUAUUUGUUUAUCUGUA